AUGACCUCAGUCCCCAAGCCUUUCAAGUUCCUGAAGGCGCAUUACCCCGCGUUGGAGCAGGCCUUCGAAGCCACCCGGGAGACAGACUACCGGAGUCGACUGGCAGACUUCAUGUCCGGCACGCGCCGGGACUACCAACAGUGGGGCCACGAGUACAUCUCACACCUGGCUGCGAACAUCGGCAAGGAGUACGAGGCGAGGGUGGCCGCGGGGCAGGACUGUGGAGAGCUGAUGCAGCUGGCGGCAGAAAUCGUGCCCUACUUCAUCGACAACAACGCCGAGCACGACGCCAUCGACCUGCUGCUGGUGAUCGACCGGCUGCAGGACAUCCAGAAGUACGUCACCCGUGCAAAUUUUUCAAAGGUGAACCAGUACCUCACGGCCUCCUCCAGCUACAGCGCCGACCAGGACGAGCUGGAAAAGACCCUGGCCAUCCUGUUCGAGAUGUCGCUGGAGCACGGCGAGUUCAUGAACGCCCUGAGGAUGGCGCUCAAGCUGGAUGACUACGAGAGGAUGUGCACCGUGUUUGGAAGCUGCACGGACCCGCUCAUCCGCAAGCAGCUGGCCUUCGUGCUGGCCCGGCAGCGGGUCUACAUCGCUGACCUGGAGCCCGAGCUGAACGACAUCAUCAGCAACGCCCGGCUGUCCGAGUACUUCACCCUGCUGGCCAAGGAUCUCGAGGUCAAGGACCCCAAGCACCCCGACGAGAUCUACAAGACCCACCUGGAGAAGUCGAAGGCGGCGCUGGACUCGGCCAAAGAGAACCUGUCGACCACCUACGUGAGCGCCUUUGUCAACGCAGGCCUUAAGGACGACCUGCUCAUGCUCAGCAAGAAGAAGAAGGACCAUGAGCAGUGGAUCCACAAGACGAAGGAAGACGGGCAGAUUGCCGCUGUGGCCUCCAUUGGCAUGCUUGACCUGUGGGACCCUGACACUGGCGCUGAUGACAUCUCGCCCUACCUCGAGCUGCAGGGCCCUGCCCUCGCAGGUGCCUAUCUGGGCACGGGCCUCUACAACGCUGGGAUCACUUCUGAGGAGGACGCUGCUAAGGCGCUGCUGUGCGACGCCCUGGAAAACGGCGAGCCUUCGGUCCACGCCCCUGCGAUCCUGGGGCUCGGCAUCGCCUACGCAGGACAGAGCAGGGAGGACAUCCAAGAGGUGUUGGUGCCGAUCAUCAUGAACCCCGAGCUGAAGAUGAGCCAGCGCGCCUUUGCCGCACUGGCGCUGGGGAUGAUCUUCGUGGGCAAGUGCAACGACGAGGUGGCAGGGGCAGUGAUCGACACCCUUAUCGAGAGCACCGAAAAGGACAUGGAGGACCCGCUGGCCAAGUUCUUCGCAGUGGGGCUGGGGCUGAUCUUCCUGGGCCAACAGAGCCGGUGCAACAACACCCUGGAGGCCGUGCAGGUGGUGCAGGGCCCGAUGGGCAGGUACUUCCAGCUGACCAUCGAGGGCCUGGCCUAUGCAGGCACGGGCAACGUCCUCAAGAUGCAGGAGAUGAUGCACGUCUGCAUGGAGAGCGAGCAGUACACCGAACUGGCAGUCAUCUCCAUGGCGCUGAUCGCCUCGGGCGAGGAGAUCGGCAACGAGAUGUGCCACAGACUGAUCAACCACCUGCUGCACUACGGGUCCCUGGCCAGCAAGAAGAUGGUGUCCAUUGCGAUCGCCCUGCUGAACCUAUCCAACCCCCGGGUGCCGGUGAUCGACAUGCUCGGCAAGCUCUGUCACGACCCGAACCCCGAGAUCGCCAACCGGGCGGUGCUGGCCCUCGGGCUGGCGAGCGCGGGGUCGAACAACUCGCGGGUGGCCGACCUGCUGCGCGGCUUCGUAAAGUACUUCGAGCCGAACGGCCUGUUCUGCGUGCGAAUCGCGCAGGGCCUGCUGCACAUGGGCAAAGGGACGAUGACCAUCCAGCCGUGCCACUCCGAGAAGUUCCUGAUGAACAAGGUGGCGAUGGCAGGAGUGGUGACCUUCGUGCACUCGCUGGUCGAGAUCAACGCCACGGUGCUCGGGCAGCACCACUACCUCAUGUUCGCCCUGUCCCUGGCCAUGUACCCCAAGAUGCUGUUCAUUGUCCCGUCCUGA